AUGUUGCGCAUCGUUUCCAGCGUGUCGCGGCCUUCGUCGACGGGAUUACUCGGAAAGGUCACCGUCUCAGCACACGCCCCACAUAGCAGUUCGUGUCUUUUGGAGCGUAUUGGGCAUGCAGAAUCUGAACGGGGAAUCUGUAAACUAGGUCGUAGGGCUAUUUCUUCGACGCCAAUCCGCGCGGCCGAUAUUACUUUGACGGUAGACGGGAAGGAGGUUACGGUUCCACAAGGCUCUGCGUUGAUUCAAGCCUGUGAGGCUGCUGGCGCGACGAUACCUAGAUUUUGUUACCAUGAUAGAUUAGCUAUUGCUGGUAAUUGUCGUAUGUGUCUUGUUGAAGUAGAGAGGUCCCCCAAACCAGUAGCUUCAUGUGCUAUGCCUGCCAUGCCUGGAUCAAAAGUUUUCACCAACACACCUUUGGUUCAUGAAGCUAGAGAGGGUGUCAUGGAAUUCCUACUUGCCAACCAUCCUCUAGACUGCCCCAUUUGCGAUCAGGGUGGUGAAUGCGAUCUGCAAGACCAGUCUAUGCGUUAUGGUUCAGAUCGUACUCGGUUCCACGAAAUUACUGGCAAACGCGCAGUAGAAAACAAAGACCUGGGUCCGCUCGUCAAAACCUCAAUGAACCGUUGCAUUCAAUGUACACGAUGCGUACGCUUUGCCAAUGAGGUCGCCGGAGUGGAGGAGCUUGGAACGACGGGUCGUGGGAAUGACAUGCAGAUUGGCACAUAUGUGGAGAAGACAAUGGACUCUGAAUUGUCGGGUAACAUUGUCGACCUGUGCCCCGUCGGUGCGCUUACAAGCAAGCCGUAUGCUUACCAUGCUCGCCCAUGGGAGUUGAAGAACACGGAGUCAGUGGACGUUAUGGAUGCUGUUGGUUCAAAUAUUCGAAUCGAUUCGCGGGGUGUUCAGGUCAUGCGUAUCCAGCCCAAGACCAAUGACGAUGUUAACGAGGAGUGGAUCAGUGACAAAACGCGUUACGCUUAUGAUGGAUUAAAAUUCCAGCGGUUGACCACGCCUUUGAUUAAACAGGGCGAUAGAUUCGUCGCUACUUCAUGGGAAGAUGCCCUUUCCGCCAUUGCCAACGGUCUUGCCGCGUCUGGUGCCAAGGGGGAUGAAAUCCAGGCGAUUGCUGGACAUUUGGCCGACACUGAGACUAUGGUUGUUCUCAAGGAUCUCAUUAACCGCCUUGGCUCGGACAACCUCGCUCUCGACCAACCCGGAGGCACCGCCACCCCCGCCCACGGUGUUGACAUCAGAUCAAAUUACCUUUUCAACUCGACAAUUCCUGGCGUCGAGCAGGCUGAUGCUAUUCUGCUUGUUGGCACCAACCCACGACAUGAGGCCGCCGUUCUCAACUCUCGUAUCCGGAAGAGCUGGCUGCACACUAGCCUCGAAGUUGGUUUGAUCGGCGAGCGGGCAGACACCGCUUAUGGCUACGAGUUCCUCGGGGAGGACGCGAAGGCGUUGAGCGAUUUCGUUGCUGGCAAAGGACCGUUCGCCCAGAAAUUCAAGGAUGCUAAGCGCCCUCUCAUCAUCGUUGGAAGUGCCCUGGCUGAGCAUCCGGAUGGCAAGGCAAUGUACAACGACCUGGCUAAGUUCGUUGAGAAGAACAAGGACAAAUUGGUUACGCCCCAAUGGAAUGGCUUCAGCGUUCUCCAGCGGGUGGCUUCUCGUCCUGCUGCCUACGAAAUUGGCUUUGUUCCUUCAGCUAAGGCUUCAAAAACGAAACCCAAAUUUGUUUACCUCCUCAACGCCGACGAAGUCGACCCCAAGUCAAUUCCUCAGGAUGCCUUCGUAGUGUACCAAGGACACCACGGUGACCUUGGUGCUCAGCUCGCCGACGUCUGCCUGCCUGGAUCAGCAUACACUGAGAAAGGCACGACAUGGGUCAACACCGAAGGACGCGCUCAGAUGGGACGGGCUGCCGUAUCGUCGCCCGGUGCAUCAAGAGAGGACUGGAAGAUCGUCCGCGCUCUUUCCGAAGUUAUUGGCUCUCCUCUUCCCUACGAUGAUGUGCUGGAAGUGCGGGACCGCAUGUGGGAGAUCUCACCGUCCCUCGUGCGGUAUGAUGUCACAGAACCGACGUCAGUUGACAUCGCUCUUGCUGGUCUGAAGACUCUUGUUGCGCAGACAAACGGUGCCAAGGCCACUGGUGCUCCUCUACGCAAACCCAUUUCCAACUUCUACCAGACGGAUCCUAUAUCAAGAGCGUCUGUGACGAUGGCACAAUGUACUCGUGCAUUUGUAAAGGGUGAAAAUUACGGCUUCAGUGAAGUAGGCAAAGCCUCUCAAUCUGCUUUCGCGUGA